UUUUCUUCUUUUGGCCAGUUCCUGCCCAGUUAGUAGCUACUUGGCCGAUGCAGUCCACAUACUAGUAUUAUUAUUUCAAACGGUAUAUAGGAGUAGUAUUUUUUAAUAGAAUAUACGGGUAGUAUAUAAUCUCCUAGCAACACACUCCACAUGUUUAAUUGUGGACGUCCUGCACGUGACCACCAUGGCAUCCACAAAGCACCCCACGAAUGAGUCCAAUGAAGGACGACUUCGAUCUUGACCGGAAAAUAUGACUGGUGACUCGCGUCAGCCCAAACACUUGCCGUGGAAAAACUAGUACCUCAUCCAUCCACACGUCCGCAGCUCCUCUCUACGUACGUGCCUAUGCCUUCAUAUACGAGCACCACCCGACGUUGCACCGGGAAAAUAUACACACACACACAUUCGUAGCACGAAACAACCGUUCACCACUACCACCACCACACCAAUCGCCACCGCCAUGGAUCGCUCGCCUGCCAAGUUCUUCUUGCUCCUUAUGGCAGCAGCGGCGACCUGGAGCUUCUUCCUCGUCGCCAACGCAGGCAGGCUCCAGCCGAGCUGCAUAGGACGCGAGAGGGACGCGUUGCUGGCCUUCAAGCAAGGCAUGAAUGAUACCUACGGCGAACUCGGGUCGUGGCAGCGAGGGCACCAAGAUUGCUGCCAAUGGGCAGGCAUCACAUGCAACAACGUCACCGGCCAUGUCGUCAAGCUGGAGCUUGGCGAAAGAUAUUUGGUCGGCCAGAUAAGUCCUUCCUUGCUUUCUCUAGAGCAUCUCGAGUACCUCGAUCUCAACUGGACGAGACUGUAUGGACCUGAUGGUCGUGUUCCGGUGUUCUUGGGUUCCUUAAAGAACUUGAGGCAUCUUGAUCUGUCCGGCAUGCCUUUCUCUGGUAGGGUGCCUCCUCAGCUUGGCAACCUGUCAAAGCUGGAAUAUCUCGAUCUCUCUGGCAAUUAUUUCACUGGUGCGGUACCUCCUCAGCUUGGCAACCUGUCAAAGCUGGAAUACCUUGACCUAUCCGCCAUAUAUUUCAACAAUACGAGGAUGGUCUCAACUGACAUCUCUUGGUUAACUCGUCUACCUCUGUUGGCGCUUCUUGGUAUGAGUUAUAUCAAUCUCAGCUCAAUAGCCGAUUGGCCUCUUGUUGUCAAUAAGAUUCCAUCUUUGGAGUUGCUCGGUCUUUCCGAGUGCUCGCUUUCAAGUGCAAACCAAUCCCUAGCACACCUAAACCUCACAAAUCUUCACUACCUUGAUCUCUCAGAUAACUACUUUGGUCAUCCAAUUGCAUCCAGUUGGUUUUGGAACAUAACAAGCAUCAAGUACCUCGACCUUUCUGGUACCUCUCUCUAUGGUCCGUUUCCUAAUGCACUAGGAAAUAUGACGUCUCUCCAAGAACUUUAUUUUGGCCCCUAUUCUUCCGAUGGUGACUCACCCACCACAACUGCUAACACGGCCACAAUGACAGUAGACUUGAAAAACCUAUGUGAUUUGGAAUACCUAUUGCUUGAUGGAAGCCUCUCCUCUGGAAACAUAACAGAGUUUAUAGAUAAACUGCCAAGAUGUUCGUCCAACAGAUUGCAGCGUUUGAGGUUGAGCCGCGACAAUAUGGUUGGAAUUCUACCAAACAGAUUGGGGAACUUAACCAACUUAGCUUCGUUGGACCUUUCUCACAAUAACAUUACUGGAGCUAUACCCCUUGGCUUUGGGAAUCUCUCUUGUUUAGAAUACCUUCAUCUUUCUAACAACCUUCUUACUGGAGCUAUACCCCUUGGCUUUGGGAAUCUCUCUUGUUUAGAAUACCUUCAUCUUUCUAACAACCUUCUUACUGGAGCUAUACCGCUAGGGUUGGGAAAUUGCACUGCUGUUUAUCUCUCCAAUAACAAUCUUAGUGGACCUAUACAACUAGGGAUAGAGACUUGCACUAGAUUACAGUACCUUGACCUUUCUUACAAUAGCAUUACUGGACCUAUACCACCAAUGUUGGGGAAUUGCACCGAACUAUAUUACCUUACUCUUUCAAACAACCUUCUUACCGGAGAUAUACCACCAGGGUUGGGGAAUUACACUAGUUUGCAGUCUCUUUCUCUUUCGAGCAACCAUCUUACCGAACCUAUACUGCUAGGGACAACAAGUUGCACUAUAUUAGAAGACCUUGACCUUUCUGAUAACAAUAUUGCUGGAGUUAUACCGCCAUGGUUGGGCAAUUGCACUAGUUUGAGGCACCUUUCUCUUUCUAAGAACCAUAUCACUGGACACUUCCCAUCUAAGAUCAGUCUGCUCGGUAAUUUGACUGGACUCGACCUUGGCUACAAUAACCUAGAUGGCGUGAUCACAGAGGAACACCUUGUUACUCUAAAGAACAUAAACCAUCUGGACUUAUCACACAACUCUUUCUCAGGGCAUCUGCCAUAAAAGCUUGGAGCUAAGGGAUUAGUAGAAUUGACUUUAUCCUCCAAUAAAUUCACUGGGUACAUUCCUGAAACAAUUUGUACGUUGAGGAACCUACUUGUCUUGGAUUUAUCAAACAACCUUCUAGAGGGAGAACUUCCUCAGUGUUCACAGAAGCCUAACUUGGUUUUCCUCCUGUUAAGUCACAAUAAGUUUUCUGGCAAGUUCCCAUCAUCAUUGAAGAACUACUCAAGUUUAGCAUUCAUGGAUCUUUCAUGGAAUAAUUUCCAUGGAACAUUGCCAUCAUGGAUCGGAGACUUAGUAUACUUGCGCUUUUUGCAACUAAGUCACAAUUUCUUGUGUGGAGAUAUUCCAGUGACUAUCACAUAUCUUAAGCUCCUUCGCCAACUGAGUUUAGCAGGAAAUAGUAUAUCUGGUGUUAUACCAUGGUCUUUGUCAAAUUUAACUGCAAUGACCCAAAAACAUCCAAGGAAACCUGGGCUUGACAUGUCUGCAUGGUACACUGAAGAAGUGGGCAAAUUUAGAGAAGUUUGGCCUAUUGUGAUGAAGCGCCAAGAACUCAAAUAUGGUACUGGAAUUUUUUAUAUGGUCGGUAUGGACCUAUCACUCAACUACCUAACAGGUGAAAUUCCGGAUGGCAUAACCUCUCUCAAUGGGCUGCUGAAUCUGAACUUCUCAUGCAACCAAUUGAGUGGAGAAAUUCCUAGGAAGAUUGGAGCUAUGAAAUCACUUGAAUCGC